GAAAAAUAUCCCUAAAAAGAUAUACUUGCCCCUCUAAGUUAACUUUAUUAAACAUGGUGUAAAAGUGUAAUUAGUGUUAAAGGGAUUUAAAGUCAGUUGCUUCAAAAGAUGGGAGGUCACAAGGCUCAACCGUACAAAAUACCGAGUCCUGAUGUUUAUAAGAUAGAGGAUGUGCCGGAACUGAAACGUGUUCAAGAAGAGUUAGCCAAGAGGGGUCUGAAAGAUCCUUGGUUGAGAAAUCAAGUGUGGCGCUACAAUAGUACUCAAUCACCACUUAUGCGUGGUCUAGUAUGUUUAACUAGAGGUUGGAAACUUGGUAUACCAGCAUUUCUGAUAACCAUAGCUGUUGAACAAUAUUUCGGGAUUGAUUACUCAGGUCAUGGGCAUCAUGAUGAUGGUCAUCAUUAAUAUUCAGUUUCUAUAUUAAUGCGUGAUAUGAGGAAUAGUAGAAAUAUCAUUGUAAAGGGAUGUUAGAGUUAUGCAAAUAAAUUGUGAAAGUAAUAUUUAAUGUGUGCUAGUUGAUAUUUGUUUAAAUAAACAAUAUUGUUUAUAUAAUUUUUAUGGUUACAUUAGGAAUCUUUUAUCUAGUAAUGAUUUGUUGCACAGAUUUCUCUUAACAUUACAUUUGAUAGCUAUCAGGAAUAGUUGCGAUACAAGAACUGUCGUUAUACAGGCGAAACUGUAAGAAUUAUACAUUGCCAAAAAGAAGGCAAAUACAGUGAUAUCGAAUGUCGCCAGUAGCCAUUCGUUUCCAUAAAGUAUCACUUUGUUGAAGGAAUAAUUGUUAUCUGCAAUAAAAUUGCGUUUAAAAAUAAUAA